CGGUAUUCGUUAGUAAGUGUGCGACUUUAGCUCUUCAUUAUGUCUGGACGUGGUAAAGGGGGCAAAGGGCUUGGGAAAGGAGGUGCUAAACGGCACCGUAAGGUUUUGCGGGAUAACAUCCAGGGUAUUACUAAGCCUGCUAUCCGCCGCUUGGCCCGUCGCGGAGGAGUUAAGCGUAUCUCCGGUCUGAUCUACGAGGAAACCCGCGGGGUGCUGAAGGUUUUCCUGGAGAACGUGAUCCGGGACGCCGUCACUUACACGGAGCACGCCAAGAGGAAGACCGUCACCGCCAUGGAUGUGGUCUACGCCCUUAAGCGGCAGGGCCGUACUCUCUACGGCUUUGGGGGCUGAGCUGCCUUCAACAUCCACUACAAGAAAGCAAA